AUGACUCCAACUGUUUGCCAACUUCAGUUGUAUCUUGAUGGACAACAAUUUGUUUCUUUCAAAAAUAACCAACGUGUGGAACAAAUAGUAAACAAUCCAAUGAUAAAGAAAAUGAUGUUAACUGAAUUUUUCCUAAUGAACAGAACUAAUGAGGAUGCUAUGAAUCUCAAUUUACUAUAUAAAGAGUUCCCAAAGUAUUUUGUAUGGUCACCAACAUACAAAAUGUGGUCACGACGAAAACAACGUACUGCUAUUGGAUGCAUUGUCACAUGUCAUCCAUCCGAAAGAAAAAUAUAUUAUCUUAGGUUACUUCUAAUGAAUGUAAGAGGACCUAAAUCAUACGAAGAGCUUCGUACAGUGAAUGGCAGAUGCUACACUACAUUUAGGGAAGCCGUAGAAAAAAGAGGCUUAUUACAUUCGGAUAACAAUUUAAUUGAAUGUAUGUCUGAAGCUGUAACCUAUCAAAUGCCUUAUAGUUUAAGAGGGUUAUUUGCAACAUUGUUAGUUUACUGCAAUCCUUCUAAUCCAAAAGAACUUUGGGAAAAAUUUGAAGACUUUAUAACAACCAAUGAGGCAAAAGAUGUUCAUUUUGAAAGAAAUAUAGUAGUAAGUGAAGAAGAUGUACUACUACAAAGGAAACUAAAUACUAAACAAAAAAAGGCAUAUCACAUAAUUCUUGAUAGAGUCUAUUCUAAUAAGCCAGAGGCCUUUUUCAUUGACGGGCUAGGUGGAACUGGAAAAACUUUCUUAUAUCGAGCUUUGUUGGCUGCUGUAAGAAGGAAAGGAUUUAUAAGUUUGGCAACUGCAAGUUCUGGUGUUGCAGCUUCAAUUCUUCUCGGGGGACGAACAACUCAUUCACGUUUCAAAAUUCCUGUUGACAUUGAUGAGAAUUUUACCUGCAAUAUUAGUAAACAAAGUUCAUUAGCAACUCUAAUUCGAGAUUCAAAGUUAAUUGUUUGGGAUGAAGUCUCAAUGUCAAAAAAGAAAACGAUAGAAGCUUUUGAUAAACUUUUAAAAGAUCUCAUGAGUACAAACAUACUCUUUGGUGGGAAAGUAGUAGUUUUUGGGGGAGACUUUAGACAAACACUUCCCGCUAUUCGUAGUGGAAAAAAAGAAGACUUUAUUAGCGAAAGUUUAUUAUACUCUCAUAUUUGGAGUCAUCUGGAAAAAAAUAUGUUUAUCUGA